CCGGUUAAGGGGUGGUCAGCGCAGGGGUGUGGUCAGGCUGGAAGGUCCUGGCUGGGCCCACGGGGUGUUGCCUGCGCCCUGAUAGGGUGAAUUUAUUCCGGGACUGGGCGUCUUCGAGACCCUAGUUGUUAAGGGGUCAGAGAGGGUUCACAGUGUUGAGUAUUUAAGACCGAGGGCGGCUGGUGAAACUAGACCUGCGCUGUCCACCAAGGUGGCCACUGGUCACGUGGGGCCGUCGAGCGCUCGAAUGUGGCAAGACUUGAGAUUGCUCAUUUAGCAAGUGGAUGUGCGGGGUAACAUGUCCAGUGUGUCCGAGGAGAGAAGAAAGAGGCAACACAACAUUAAGGAAGGUCUACAGUUCAUCCAGUCUCCGUUGUCAUAUCCAGGGACCCAGGAGCAAUAUGCGGUAUAUUUGCACGCUCUUGUAAGAAAUCUUUUUAAUGAAGGAAAUGAUAUUUAUCGGGAAUGUGAUUGGAGUAGCUCUUUAAGUCAGUACUCGGAAGCUUUGAAUAUAGCUGAUUAUGCAAAGUCUGAAGAAAUUGUAAUUCCUAAAGAAAUCAUUGAAAAACUCCAUAUAAAUCGUAUUGCCUGCUAUUCUAAUAUGGGUUUCCAUGAUAAAGUUUUAGAAGACUGUAAUGCUGUCCUCAGUGUUAAUGCCAAUAACUGCAAGGCUCUGUAUCGGAAGUCUAAGGCUCUAAGUGACUUAGGACGCUAUAGAGAGGCCUAUGAUGCUGUUGCGAAGUGCUCCUUAGCAGUGCCUCAGGAUGAGCAUGUAAUAAAACUAACUCAAGAAUUAGCUCAGAAAUUGGGAUUUAAAAUAAGGAAAGCAUAUGUUAGAGCCGAGCUCUCACUGAAACCAGUUCCUGGGGACGGAGCUACCAAGGCUCUGAACUAUUCUGUGGAAGAUAUUGAGCCAGAUUUGUUAACCCCAAGGCAAGAAGUACUUCCAGUUGUCUCCUUUCCUACAUCCAGUUUUUCUCAUGACAUUGGGAGUGAGCUGGCCUCAGUUCCUAUAAUGCCUGUAACUUCUGUUUUGCAACUGCAAGUGGAUGAGAACCCUCUGCCAUCUACAGUGUUUGCAAAUGGAGGGAAGAUCCCAUUCACCAUGUCAGAUGCUUUUGUAGAUGAUGGAGACAUUGUCCUUGGGGAUGAAAUAGAUGAUCUCCUUGAUUCUGCCCCAGAAACAAAUGAUACUGUUAUGUCCUCCACCCUGGUCAGAGGACCCCUCUCAACAGCCAGCGUGCCUCCUAGCUUGCCCUUCAGGACAACAUCCCUGCUUGGAACCUUGCCCAUUGGUGCAAGGUAUGCUCCUCAACCCUCCUUUGCAGAGCUGUAUCCACCUCUGACUUCAUCCUUGGAAGACUUUUAUUCUUCUUUAAAUUCAUUUUCACUGACUGAAUCCAAACGAGAUCUGUCCACCUCAACUGCUAGAGAGGGAGCAACGCUUAACAACAGUAAUUCCUCCCUUUUACUUAUGAAUGGACCAGGUAGUUUGUUUGCCUCUGAAAAUUUCCUGGAAAUUGCAAGAGAGCCUAGAAAUGACUUUGGAAACUUUUUUGGAAGUGUGAUUGCUAAACCAGUUUCAUCAGUGACUCCUAGGCAUCCCCUUGAAGGAACCCAUGAGCUGAGGCAAGCUUGCCAGAUCUGCUUUGUAAAAUCAGGCCCUAAGUUAAUGGAUUUCACUUACCAUGCUAAUCUAGAUCAUAAAUGUAAGAAAGAUAUUUUAAUUGGUAGGAUAAAAAAUGUUGACGAUAAAUCAUGGAAAAGAAUACGUCCAAGACCAACAAAAACAAAUUAUGAAGGACCAUAUUAUAUAUGUAAAGAUGUUGCUGCUGAGGAUGAAUGUCGAUACUCUGGCCACUGUACCUUUGCUUAUUGCCAAGAAGAGAUAGAUGUGUGGACCCUGGAAAGAAAAGGGGCAUUCAGUCGAGAGGCUUUCUUCGGUGGCAAUGGAAAGAUCAGCCUUACUGUGGUCAAGGUUCUGCAAGAGCAUCUUGGAGAGUUUACAUUCCUUUGUGAGAAAUGUUUUGAUCAUAAACCUAGAAUGAUAAGUAAAAGAAAUAAAGAUGAUUCCACUGCUUGUUCUCACCCCGUUACAAAGCAUGAAUUUGAGGACAAUAAGUGCCUUGUCCACAUUUUGAGAGAGACCACAGUGAAAUAUUCAAAAAUACGUUCUUUUCAUAGUCAGUGUCAGCUUGAUUUAUGUCGACAUGAGGUCCGUUAUGGCUGCUUAAGGGAAGAUGAGUGUUUCUAUGCCCAUAGUCUUAUUGAGUUGAAAGUCUGGAUAAUACAAAGUGAAAGAGGUAUCUCUCAUGAUGUUAUUGCUCAAGAAUCCGAACAGUAUUGGAAAAGCUUAGAAGCAAGCAUGCCUGGAGCACAGGUACUUGGCAAUCAAAUAAUGCCUGGAUUACUUAACAUGGAGAUAAAGUUUGUAUGUGCUCAGUGUCUGAGAAAUGGCCAAGUCAUUGAACCAGACAAGAACAGAAAGUACUGCAGUGCCAAAGCACAGCACUCGUGGACCAAAGAACGUCGUGCGAUGAGAGCGAUGUCUUUUGAACGUAAGAAGUGGAUGAACAUCCGUCCUCUCCCCACAAAGAAACAAAUGCCUUUACAGUUUGAUCUUUGCAACCAUAUUGCUAAUGGAAAAAAAUGUCAGUAUGUUGGCAACUGUUCAUUUGCUCAUAGUCAAGAGGAACGAGAAGUGUGGACUUACAUGAAGGAUAACAAAAUACAUGAUAUAGAACAAUUUUAUGAACUCUGGCUGAAGAAUCAAAGAAGUGAGAAAAGUGAUGAUGUAGCCAGUCACUCUAACAAAGACAAUGGGAAACAGAUCCACAUGCCAACAGAUUAUGCUGAGAUUACUGUGGACUUCCACUGCUGGAUGUGUGGGAAGAACUGUAACAGUGAGAAGCAAUGGCAAGGCCAUAUCUCCUCUGAGAAGCACAAGGAGAAGGUUUUCCACACUGAGGAUGACCAGUACUGCUGGCAGCACCGCUUCCCCACCGGGUACUUCAGUAUUUGUGAGAGGUAUAUGAAUGGCUCUUGUGCAGAAGGAAGCAGCUGUAAAUAUGCACAUGGAAAUGCUGAACUUCAUGAAUGGGAAGAAAGAAGAAAGGCCCUACAGAUGAAACUCAAGAAAGCACGAAAAGAUCACUUAAUUGCCCCAAAUGAUAAUGACUUUGGAAAAUAUAGUUUUUUGUUUAAAGAUUUAAAGUAAUAUGCUGGCUUUUAUGUAACCCAAUCAGAGCACUGACCAGAAAACUUGGAAGUGUUGAAAGGCACGUAGCAAAGGAGCCGCAGAUUUUCUGCAUGAUUGGCAUCUAUUGUUCCUCCUGAGCAGCAACCCACAGUAGAUAGGAAAAUGGCUGUUGACAGGCCUGGCCCAGCUCUCUCAGAGCCACUGGCAUCAGAUGGCGAAGUGACUUGCUGCCGGGUUGCUGUCUGUUGGACAACUUUUGGAUGAGGUGUGUUGGGGAAGAGGAUAAGGCUUACUAGGAUGACUCUCUGAGAUAAGAACCAUGGCCAUGAAAGAAUCGGUAUAUGCUGGGAUCAGAAUACAUGAUGGAUGAAAUUCUUUGUGUUUUAGUGGAAUGAAUUUAUUUGAUAAAAUAAAGUUUGCUACUUAUCUGUAUGUAGGUUGCUAAAAAGGAUUUUCUUAACUCAAAUUUUUAAGCCAAAUAACCAUUUAACAUUAGUAUCUGUUAAAUGGGUAUUUUCUGUAUUUGUAUGUUUCACUGUGAUAAGGGAACUGAUGAUCAUGUACAUCAAGAAUAUUUUGAAAAUAAUCAAUUGACAUAUUUUAUUUCUUGGUCUUUUGCUGUUUAAAUGAUGAUUUUGAAAGAUUAAACUUGUAUUGUUGGUAUUGUGUAGUGUAUGAACCAAUAUUGCUUGUAAUAAAAGAUUUUAUAGAGAGACAA